AUGAGGCCAGGAAAGCUACCAAGUCAGAAGAAGAUGCUGACAGCCCUGCCCAAGCCCAGCAUGCGACCAGUACUGAGGUCUGAGGUCAGCACUGAGGAACCAGAGACCAACGCGAACGCGAUGCGCGGUUUCAAGCUCUUGGCCAUUUUCUCGGCAGCCUCGUCUGCGGCUUUGCGCCAAAUAGCAACACCUUCAUCGCGGUCGCGCAAUCGCAGGUAUCGGGGCAGCCGGUGUCGCAAGUGGCGGCUUCGUUAUCGUUCUCACCGUUUCUCCCGAGAAAUCGAAACCACUGCUGCUAGGCAUAUGCAGCAGCAGCUUCACUGUGGGUCUAAUCCUAGCACCCGUCAUCGGCGGCGCGCUCACGGAGAAGGCUACCUGGCGGUGGUGUUUCUGGAGCGCGAUCAGACCGUUAUCCAGCAAAUCAUGAACCUGGAUCUCAUCGGGUGUGCGUUUUUCAUUCCGGCUAUCUUCAUGCUACCGGCCCUUGACGAAGUCAUGAUGGUCUGCAAAGAGCUGCUAGAGCUGCUCCCCGUCCCAGCCCGUCGCUCCGGUCCAGACCACACUACUGCAGGUAAUAGUGGGACUGGGACAGGACCGCCAUUCACCCCAGCCAGCGUCAAUGCCGGACAUCCUGAUCCCUGCGACGGCAUUGGCGAGCCAACUCAAAGAGGAGGAGGGCCGUUCGACCCACUGAGGAUAAACUACAUCACCGUCUUACAAGUCGCGACAUCGUACGCAUACGCCCUGCAGCUACUGGACCUUGCUGUGGAUAAUCUCAAGACCCGCGCGGGGAAUCUGGCGCUCGUUAGCCUGGGUACCUUCAAUCUUGCAUCCCAGCCGGCCAUGAGUACCGCUGUGGGUGCUUAUAUGGUUUCUAGCAUGGUUCAUCAGCUGCGUGAUGCUAUUAGUCUCUUGACGCCUGAAUACCAGCAUCAGCAGGGGCCACCACCACCGCAUGCAUCAUCGCCAUCACCGAGUGGCUUGAGGGCGGCGGCUGCGGCUGCGAACAAUUCGAUACAGGCGGCGGUGGAUAUGGUUUCUGAGAAGGAGACGUCUUUACUUGAGAAAUUGGCGCAGGUUAUGAUCAAUUCAUAG